AGGGACAGAGAAGGAAAGGACAGACAAGAGUGGCUGUACAGAAGGGGUUGGGUUCUUGAAGCAACUGGAAGACCGGGAAGUCUGGUUGCCACCUUGAGAGUCUCUUUCCAAAGGCAAUGCACAACCAGGCACCGGAGGGCAGAGGACAAAAAGCUGCUAAGCACUGCUCCCUCCAGCUGUGUGAAGAGAUCAGCUUCUCAGAGGGCUGGCUUCUGCCUCCAGGUCAUUCAGCACAUAAGGCUUCAGCACAAGCUCCUUAGGCCUCUCCUCUACAUCCACCUCCAGGGCCUUCACCUUUCUCUUAGCACUAAGGAGCACCCUGCAGACAGUACUGGGCCGACUCCCCAUCAUGCCGUGUGGGCUUGUCCUCCCCACACUCCGCCGCUUCCUUCUCUCUUGGGCCUUCACCUUCUUCCACAGCGCCCAGGGAGACCCAGCAUCCCACCCGGGUCCCCACUACCUCCUGCCCCCCAUCCACGAGGUCAUUCACUCUCGUCGUGGGGCUACGGCCACGCUGCCCUGCGUCCUGGGCACCUCGCCUCCCAGCUACAAGGUGCGCUGGAGCAAAGUGGAGCCGGGGGAGCUCCGGGAAACGCUAAUCCUCAUCACCAACGGACUGCAAGCACGGGGCUAUGGGCCCCUGGGGGGGCGCGCCAGGAUGCGUAGGGGACAUCGGCUAGACGCCUCCCUGGUCAUCGCGGACGUGCGCCUGGAAGAUGAGGGCCGGUACCGCUGCGAGCUCAUCAACGGCAUCGAGGACGAGAGCGUGGCGCUGACCCUACGCCUUGAGGGUGUGGUGUUUCCGUACCAGCCCGACCGGGGCCGGUACCAGUUCAAUUACUACGAGGCGAAGCGGGCGUGCGAGGAGCAGGACGGACGCCUGGCCACCUACGCCCAGCUGUACCAGGCGUGGACCGAGGGGCUGGACUGGUGUAACGCGGGCUGGCUGCUCGAGGGCUCGGUGCGCUACCCGGUGCUCACAGCCCGCGCUCCGUGCGGCGGCCCGGGGCGGCCCGGGAUCCGCAGCUACGGGCCCCGCGACCCGAAGCGCGACCGCUACGACGCCUUCUGCUUCACCUCGGCGUUGGCAGGGCAAGUGUUCUUCGUGCCCGGGAGGCUGACCCUGUCCGAAGCCCACGCGGCGUGUCGGCGGCGCGGGGCAGUAGUGGCCAAGGUCGGGCACCUCUACGCCGCCUGGAAGUUCUCGGGGAUGGACCAGUGCGACGGCGGCUGGCUGGCGGACGGCAGCGUGCGCUUCCCCAUCACCACGCCGCGGCCGCGCUGUGGGGGCCUCCCCGACCCCGGGGUGCGCAGCUUCGGCUUCCCCAGGCCCCAGCUGGCGGCUUACGGGACCUACUGCUACGCCGAGUAGGAGGAGCCACCGCAUCCCCGGUGCGCGCGACGGGUCUCUCGCCGCACCUCUCCUGCGAGCCUCCGCCAGACGACGGACAGCCCCUCCAGACCUGCCUUUUCAGCCAGGGCUGCCGGCCACGGACCCCGGCAGGCCGGGCGGCGGGGCUCGAACGUUAUCCUCGAGCCCGCGGAUCCUCGUGCCUUCGUAGAGGACGCAGCCCCCGAUGAGGGCGGGAGAGGCGCACCGGGCAUUCCCUGAUCUCUGGAUACAGCAAUAAAAUAACCCCAGGCCAUCUGUGCUGGGCGGAGCUGAAGACACUGCGAGGAGGGCGUGUGUGUGUGCGUGUGUCAGACACAGGACGCAACGCACCAGUUGCACGGAAGACCGGGCAGUGUGGGGCGGCGAGGUUGUGUGUGUGUGUGUGUCGGUCGGACCCAGGUAGGUGUGUGUGUGUGUCGGUCGGACCCAGGACCCAACGCACCAGCUGCACGAAAGACCGGGCGUUGUGGGGACGGCGAGGUUGCUGGGACCUAUGACGCCACGGAGAC